CCCUCUGAUGGCCCGGUGUAACAGCAGCACUCUGCUCACAAACCUGGGUCUGAGAUACGGGCCGGGCCGACAGGGACCGCUUAGGGGCCUGGUCCCUCCCUCUUGUGUCCACUCCGGCAGCAGACCGUACCGCAGCAUGGAAAACCUAAACUGGAGCCCGAUGAUUGACCCAAACUUGUCUAACCACUAUUACCGAAGCGUGGACAGCGAAUUCAUCCUACGCUACACCUCUACAAGCCACUGGUACGACGGCCCUCCAGAUGGAACGCUAUCCACCCCACAUCCACUCAACCCCGAGACCCUAGCCUUGUACCCACGGCAUUGUAUUCCCCGGAAAGACGUCUCGCUACUUCCUCAUUUUCUACUUCCCGGUGGCGUUGACGAAUGGGACGCGAGGAAAGGAUUGCGAGAUAAACUCCGCCUCCAAAGUGCCCGCGCAGCAGGCGAACCAACUAAAGCCCUCCCGCUGCGACCUCAAGUAACCCCAAAUGUUGAACAAUAUGGAUCUACUAAUGGAAAACCAACACGGAUUACAAGUCACGAAGAAAUUAAGCAAGAGGUUUUAAGGCGUUUAAAGCUUCGAAGGCAAAAUAGUAGCCCAAAUCUAGCUCUCACUAGCUCCCCCUGUAGCGCAAAUAUGGUUAAAACAUCAUUCACAACGGACAACAUCGCUGGGAAUAAAAGUAAUUUGGUUUCGGAAAAUCGUAGACCACCAUUGGGGCGACUGCACAUUCCAACUUUUGAGGAAUUUAAGAAAAUGCGACAAAAAGAAGCCACAGCUGGUUCUGCGGCUAAUGACACAGCUAACAAUGUAGCAUCACAAGACAAUGGGGAUUUGCAUGGACAAAACAAGACUGACCAACAAGCUAAUUCCGAUAGCAAUAUUGAAAAACAGUGCAGCCAAGAUUUAGCGACUUUCGUAGGUAAUGGUACAACACAGUUUUCCCCAAUUCGGACUGUACCAUCUCCGAGAGGACCGUUGCAAGUUUUAGCAAGCUCACCUCAGGACAGUACCAGCGUAUUGGAGACAGGGGGCAGUAUUAAACCCAGACGGAGCAGUUUGGACACGGUUGGAUCGGUUCCUUUUCCUCCAAACAGAGAAAACAUCGAGAGGCCUUCAAGUUGUUGUCCUGCAUUGUUGUUGGAGGGGACAGAAUUGUCUAAAUACGGGGAAAAAAUCUACAAAAUGAAGGAUGGACUCAUUGGAUCGGCGCUGCAUCUGAUCAAGAAAAGCUGCAGUGCCGAGAUUUACUCCGAAACUGCCGUCCCUCUAUCUCCCAACCACCAUUCCCAAACCAACAACCAAAAUUCCCUCACAACUACCGCUACCGCUGCUCCUGUAUCCAAAGAGGAAGCAGCAGAAAGAGCACGGAACCCGGAUGCUGAGGAGGAAGAGGAGAGAGAGCGAUGCUGUGACCGUGGCAACGCCUCUCAGCCUCCCGUUGCCAUGGAGACGACGUUGGCGAAGAGGACGGCCCGCGGAGAUGAGUCUGGCAACGAGACACCUGCAACGACACUGCAAGGAGAGAGGAGAGAAGGAGAGAGGAAAGAGGAGGCGAGUGAGGAGGCUACAGCAUGUUUGUUCCCAGUGAGUGACGGGGUGCGUCGUCGCUCCAGCUCUGAUGCUGGGCUUCAGGACAGGGCCCUGUGUAACUCGCUGUGGCCCAGAGGAGAGUGUCGUCUUCGGGCACACUUCAGCGACCCCAUGCCCUCUGACCCCUCCAGGAGGAAACAGCUCCAGAUGAAGAUUGCUGCUGCGUCCAGACUGCACCGUAAAGAGAGGGACAGCGCCCCAGCAGCCCUGCGCGGCCGCUCCGAGCCCCCCGGAGAGGAGCGUCAGGUGGGCUUGGGCGCGUCACGUUCAGCCCAUCACCGUUGGAGCACCAUCAGCAGCCUGAGCUCGGACAGCGGAGUGGUGGGUCUCAGUGAUGACCGUGACGAGGAAGACAGCGCCCCCCGCAGGUCCAGACGAGGAAAAGGAGCAGAGGUGGAGCGGACAGACAGCGGCAUCGGCCCCGGUUUGUCCCGUAGCUGGAAAAGACCCAUAGUUUCCCUGAAGCCAUGCCCAGACUGUGGCGUCAGCGAUGGAGCCGUGAAAGACAGAGGAGAGCGGAUGUGCGAACGCUGCUCCAAGCUCCGAACGGAAAGGAAGGAAGCCAUUUUGGAGUUUUUGAACACUGAGUCAAGUUAUGGGGAGGACUUGCGCAUCAUAAAGGAGGAGUUUUACUGUCCUAUGCAGAGCGCCGGGCUGCUAACCGCGGAACAGUUAACCGUCGUGUUUGCUAACGUCCAGGAGCUAAUCGAUGUUAAUGAGAGAUUCACUGAACACCUGCAAGAGUGCAUCGACCAGGCUUUUGACCAGGGCGAUGAGGACCUCCUGACUGUCCACAUUGGUGAGAUCUUUUUGGAGUUUGUGAACAUGCUCCCGGCUUUCCAGACCUACUGCCUCCAACAGUCCACCUCCGUCAACAUGCUCAACACGCUCGAGAAGGAGAAGGAGCUGCUACGGAUUUUCUUGGACGUCUCUCAGAACGACAACACGGCCCUGCGUCGUAUGAACCUCCGAUCUUUCCUGAUGGCUCCCCUCCAACGCGUCACCAAGUACCCUCUCCUCCUCAGCCGAAUCAUGAAAGUCACCUCCGAAUGCCACCCCGACUUCCCCAAACUCUGCGAUGCAAAAUCACGUGUCGAAUCCCACUUGGAACACAUCAACAUGAAGACCAAACAGGAGGGCAACGGGGUUUCCUGGUCACUUAGGUCAUUUCGAAGGGACAGCCGUAAGAAUCGUGAAGUUAUCAACAUCGAAAUGAGAGAGGUUUCGAUGAAAACUGUCGGAUGGGCCAGAGAACAUACGAGAUUUGUAAUGGAAGGUCCGCUGCAGCUUUCCCAACCCGCAGAUGGUCAGUGGGUGAAAAAGGGAAGCAAAGCACUGAAAUUCCAAAACGUACAAACUUUACUGAUGGUACGGACGAAUCGGGAUAGCAUUGGGAAUGGCGAAACGGGAUCGCAAAUGGACAUGGGAGGAGAGAGCGUCAAAGAUGGCGUCCUGGUUUUAAUCAAAGACAAAAGUAGCGGGAAAUUUACCGUGCUAAGAGAACCGAUCCAACUUGGGAAUUGCGUAGUGUCGACCGAUCCUGAUUGCGAAGAUACAUUUGAGAUUUUGGAUAUAAAACGGGAAGCGUUUGUUUUCCGUGCGUCAGAUAAAUCGCGGACGCAGCAGUGGUUUCAUCAGAUUAAACGAUAUGCCCGGGAUUUGGGAAGUUGGAGGAAAAGACGAAAUGCUUUGCCGAAUAUUAUGAUCAGUACGGGACAAACCAGAUCUUAACAACGAGCCGAUUCACUGUAAAUAGUAGCAUUUCUGAAGACAUUUUAGACCUUAACCUAUUUAAACUAAAGGACUUUUUUAUAUUACAAUAAGUGCUACAAUGUUAAAAAAUACUUGGACUACCAAAAAAGUGAUGUUGAUUGUACAGUGUGUAGAAGCUGGCUCGCCUGGUGAGUCAUUCAGUUUCUUUUCUGCCCUCUUGUGACUGAAGUUGGUAUCUUUGGCUCAGUCAUACGACGGCAGCUGUGAUCGCUUCUUAAACUGUAGUGAUAGUACAAUUAUGUUGAGGGCUGUUCUACAAAAGCGUCUGAGAUUUAACUUCAUAAGCCAGGUUCAUGUGGAUAAGCUAGUCCUAUUUAUUUGGCAUUUUGGUUUUAGACUUCAAAAAUGAACUGGAUUUUGGAUUCUUUCAUAAAAACCCAACACUUCAUAUUGCAUUAUUCAUUCUACACCUGGUGAUGAUAAGCGAGUCCACCAAUCUGCGCUAUCAGCUCCUCUGAACACCACCAACACUCACACACAAAAAACACACUAGUCUUCAUAGUGGGCAAUGUGGGUGAAGUGUCUUGCUUAAUGACACAACAACAGUUUGCGCUAGAGCCACUGCUGCCUCAUUGUGGCAUGUGGUAUUCUUAGCCCUACUUGGCUUCAGAGAUCAAGAUGGCCACCUUAAAACAGCCAAAUUUCCCUGUAUCAGUUUCCAGUCAUUCCAUAGUGAAUGAACUACACGAGUUGGUAAGAAUGGUACUGCGUUCAAGCCAAUAUGUAACUAAAAUUAGACACAUUUAUUCACUUAAAUCUGAUUUAUGAAGUACGCAACUUUUGUGUAGCAGCCUCCUGGUUUAGUUCUUGGCAUAACUUUAAACCUGGUCUGGACCACGUGAAGUUCACUACAAAAUGCUCCAUAGUAAUUGGCAAGAUUAUUGAAACCAAAAUAAAUUUAAUAUAAAAUGGACCAGCCGACUACGUUUAGUUUAUGGGAUACAAAUAAUGCUACGUGAUUGACAGAAGUGGAUAGUAGUCAGUUACAAUUACUUGAGUAACAUUUUAAAGAAAUUACUUUACUGAGUACUUUUCUAACAGCAUACUUUUACUCCUACUUGAGUAUUAUUUUUAUUGGAGUAACAGUACUCUUGAGUAAAGGUUUUGGUUUCUCUUUUCACUGUGAGUAAAUCUACAAGUGACAAAAGCUUUAUGUUUACAGUAUGAAAUGAUCUGAACAUUUGCGUUUCUUGUGUUUUGGUCUUAAGAAUAACCCGACAGCUCGACACAAGUGAAACAUUUUUGAAUGACUGACCAGGCUAACAGACAUAGUGCAUUUCACGUAUGGUGUUUUACAGACCUAAAGUCAUGACUGCAAAAGACUGAUUAUAAAAAUAUAAAAUUGUAACGGCAUUUUGGGGGGAAAUUCUUGUGUUUCAAAAUGAUUUUGUUUACUGUUCACUGCCCUCUACUGCCCUGAAAGCAGUAGUACAGCGUCCUCCAAAACACUGUGUAAAACUACAAUAACAGCAAUAAUCUCCACCUGUGUCAAAGCAUAACUAAAGUUUAAGCAUUUAUUUAAUUAUUUUGUAAAAUGUUUGAUUGAAUAACUGGCUCUGUUGCGUAUUGUGUCACUGAUUGACCAUUUAAGUGCUUACUAAUAGGAGCAAAGGUAGCUUAAAGGGCAUAUGUUACGCUCUUUUUAAAAUCUGUGUCAUAUUGUUGUAUCAUCAAAAACAUAUCUGAGUUGUGUUUUCAUUCACACAUGUUUAACUCACAAAUCCUGCAUAAUAAUUCUUCUCUCAAACCGAAAACACUGUUCCACCUUUUGAUGUCAUUAAGUGGUAAUACAUUAAGUGCUCCAAUUUUUAAGUUUUAGACUCACUCAAACGUCUUCGCUUCUCUCUGCACUAGAAGAUAUUGUAGAUUUUCUGUAGCAAUCUCAACUGAACAAUGCGUAAUACUACAUUAACUUUAAAAGUACCACUUAUUGACAUCACAAGGUGGAACAGAGCAUUAUGAGGUUUGGAGAUGUAGACAACCCAAUAAUCCAGGGUUAAUCAAACAAAAUGUGUGCAUGAAACAAAAACACACCUCUGCUUAUGUUUUUGAUGAGAUGACAAAGUUCCAACAUGACUAAAAGCACAGGAGUCUGAAGAACUGAAGGCCGUAUUGUAUUAUUCAUUUUAAAAGGCUGGGAUUACAUUUUUAUACCUUACAUUUCUUAAAAUAAUUAUUCUAGACAAAGGAAAAUGCUUUAAAAGAUUACGAAACACAAAAGGCACUCUGAAAGAAAAGAUUUAAUCCUUUGUAAUUCAAAUGCUACUGUUGUAAUUGCUAUCCCAGGGUUUCAGAGUGAUGAUGAAACGAUUGCCACUGUUGCCAUAGCAAUUAACAAUCCAAACCAAAUGCCCUUAAAAUGAAUAGUGAAUUAUACACGUAUUGGAAAAACAAAAACAAUAAUGGUUGUAAAGUGAAGCCUUAAAUCUCGUAUAUGACUCCUGACAAAGUUCACUCACCACACAAAUGUUCACUAAAAAGCAUUAAAGGUGCACUAUGUAACUGGCGGAGGGUCCGUUACCCGUUACCAUGGAGAUGUUAUUGCUUUUCUUGGAAUCCGCAGUAUGGCAUUAUCCUCAUCGCCAUACAAACAGGUGACACCAUCAGGCCAAUUUUCACAGUGAACUAGCAGUUUCUCUCACAGUAAGAAUGUAUGUUUUUCAAGGUAUUAUUUAAUGCCAUACUGUGGAACAUUCAAAACAAUGCAGGGACAAGCGUGUGGCCUGGAAAGUUACAUAGUGAACCUUUAAAAAGUUUUACAAAUACAGUUAAAUAUUACUUUGUCAUAUGAGCUGCUGUGCCUUUUCUAGUGUUUUGGAAAUGUGAACUUGACUGCCCCCUAUGGACCAUCUAAUAACAUUACUUCCAGCAAUACUUCAUUUCAGUACUUAUUUCAGCUAACUAGACCUUUUUACAUAUUAUAUUUGCGUGUUUGUUUUGUGUUAAUUUAAAAAGGCUUUAUUUCUUUCAAUGCACUUUAUAUUAUCCUAUAUUAUAAUGUUUUGAUAUGCUUGACGUAUUUUUCUUUUGUGGGAAAGGCUAAAUUUUGAAACCCAAAGCACUGAAUUUAAAAUGAACGACGCUGUUUUGGUUCUUGAAGUAGCACUGGCGAUUAAAAGUAGCAUUCACUGUGUAUAUGGGAGGGCUGCUAACUUCAUAACAGUAACUUUUUCAUAAUGUUAUUUGAAUCUGCUGUAUUAUUUCCCCUGUGUAAUAUAUUGUGAAUUAAAAGAUUUUGAACU